GUGGCCCGGCGCGGUGGCCGCCCCGGUCGGGCGGGGAGGCGGGGAGGUGGCCACUGGCUCCGCCCCGCUCCCCUCUGACCCGGUGUCUAGUCUCUCCGUCUUCCUGUUCCAAACCACGUGGACGCGUCGGGGCUGCGGGAGGCAGCCCCAGCCGCCGCCGUCGGUGUCGCAGCCACCACCACCGCCGGGGUCACGGGUCCCGCGUCUGUCCGAAGUCGCCGCACUCGGGCUGCUCAGGUCUCUGCGGAGGGCGCGCACAUGGCGACUCAGGCGAACUCCCUCAGCUACGCGGGGUGCAACUUCUUGCGCCAACGUCUGGUCCUGUCUACCCUGAGCGGGCGCCCCGUCAAAAUCCGAAAGAUUCGGGCCAGAGACGACAACCCGGGCCUCCGAGAUUUCGAAGCCAGCUUCAUAAGACUGUUGGAUAAAAUAACAAAUGGUUCUCGAAUUGAAAUAAACCAAACAGGAACAACCUUAUAUUAUCAGCCUGGCCUCCUGUAUGGUGGAUCUGUGGAACAUGACUGUAGCGUCCUUCGUGGCAUUGGCUAUUACCUGGAGAGUCUUCUUUGCUUGGCUCCAUUUAUGAAGCACCCGUUAAAAAUAGUUCUACGAGGAGUGACCAAUGAUCAGGUUGACCCUUCAGUUGAUGUUCUUAAGGCGACAGCACUCCCUUUGUUGAAACAAUUUGGGAUUGAUGGUGAAUCAUUUGAACUGAAGAUUGUGCGACGGGGAAUGCCUCCUGGAGGAGGAGGCGAAGUGGUUUUCUCAUGUCCUGUAAGGAAGGUCUUGAAGCCCAUUCAACUCACAGAUCCAGGAAAAAUCAAACGUAUUAGAGGAAUGGCGUACUCUGUACGUGUGUCACCUCAGAUGGCGAACCGGAUUGUGGAUUCUGCAAGGAGCAUCCUCAACAAAUUCAUACCUGAUAUCUAUAUUUACACAGAUCACAUGAAAGGAGUCAACUCUGGGAAGUCUCCAGGCUUUGGGUUGUCACUGGUUGCUGAGACCACCAGUGGCACCUUCCUCAGUGCCGAACUGGCCUCCAACCCCCAGGGCCAGGGAGCAGCAGUACUUCCAGAGGACCUUGGCAGGAACUGUGCCUGGCUGCUGCUGGAGGAAAUCUAUAGGGGUGGAUGUGUAGAUUCAACCAACCAAAGCCUGGCACUACUACUCAUGACCCUUGGACAGCAGGAUGUUUCCAAAGUCCUGCUAGGCCCUCUGUCUCCCUACACACUGUCUCAAUCUUCUUUGGAAACUGGCUGGCUGAAAAGAAGUACUAUUUAAUCAGAUUUGAUGAGAAGUUCUUAACUUCAGCUCUCUAGGAUAGAAUUUUUGCGGCAUUUGAAGAGCUUUUUCCAGAUUAUGUUUAAAAUUGAAACCAAGCCAUGUGGUGAAGAACUCAAGGGCGGGGAUAAAGUGCUGAUGACCUGCGUUGGCAUUGGUUUCUCCAACCUUAGCAAGACCCUCAAGUGAUAACCAUCACAAGAUAAGGCCCCAGUGCCUCCAGACAAAGCAGACACUGCCAUGGACACCGAUGGGACCAAGUCCAAAUGGAUUAAUGCAGGACAGGAUAGCCACGUGCUUAAUUUUCUGUGAAGAAAUAUCAAUAUACAAAUAAAAGACAUCUCUGUAGCAUGUGUUUCCAGCUGUUUCUCCAGUGGCGUUGCCAUUCCCCAGGAGGCCCAGUCACCGUGAGAGCUCCCUUGCCUUACCUGGAGGAAGAAUGUGCCUUCAGGCCACAGUCAUGCUGCUAGAACAGUCUCAUAGCUGCAGUUCAGCUGUGCUUCCUCAGCCUACUAUCAUAGGCUUCCUUGGCCCUCUGUCAUGUGGCUGUUUUCCAAACCUGUGGAGUCUGUUACUGUUCUUUCUGCAAGGACUUAUCUCCUUGAGCCUCGGUUUUUAUUGUAGGGAUUAAAUGAGAUAAUAUGAGUGGUAGCUCUUCAUGAGUCCUGCAGUGCUAUGCAAAUGUCAGAAAUUGGUAUAUUAGACUAUUUAUCUUUUGUCUUCUGAAUGGAUUGCUGUCAUGGACACAGACACUGAUCUUCAUCUGGUUAAUUGGAUGUAUAUAUGAGGGAUGGGUGACUGCAGGGGUCCAAGUAAAGUUAUUGGGAUGUGUUUUAUAUUCCAGGUGUGCUAUACAUUCCUGUUUUAUUUUCACAGUAGCUCUGUGAUGUAAAUGCUAUCUCCAUGAGAAAAUUCUUAAAGGGUGUUUCGUUCCUUUGAAAUGUAUAAUGUAAAGACAUUAAAUCUCCUCAUUUAAGGA